GAAAAUUUUUGAGCCUUUGACCAGCCCGACUCGCACCCAUUCUGCGAGCUGAUCUGAGCAGGCGCCCCGGCCAUCUUUCCUCCCCGUCAGCGCCCGCUUCGGUUGCCCUCGACUACCGGACCCUUCCGUCUGCGUGCUCCCAGCAUCUGACUCGACGCCCGUCUCCCGUGAGCACCGUUCGUCUCUUCCUGCGCCGGUCCCAGAUCGAUCCAAGCGACUCUUGCCCAUCCGACUCGCCUCGCCUCCCCCCUCCCUCGCAAUGUCGUGGCAGCCCCAGCAAACCGGCCUCCAUGAGCUGGCCGAGUUGCUGAAGAAGGCCAAUGCGCCCAGCACCCAGGUUAUCAAGCACAUUGACCAGCAAUUGACACACUUUCACAACACCAUUCCGGAUUUCAAUAACUACCUGGCCUACCUGUUUGCAUUCGUUCCCGAGGCCGAGGCUUCGACGCGCCUCAGCGCCGGCAUCAAUCUCAAGAAUGCCCUCAUGAAGUCCUUCGACACCGUCCCCGCUCCCAUCAUGGACUACUGCAAAAACUGUGCGUUGGUUGCCUUGUCCGACAGCGAGGGUGUCAUCCGAAACAUUGCCGGCAUCAUCAUCUCGAACUUGUUUACCCGCGACCCCACCAAGUGGCCGGAGCUCCUGCCCAAGCUGCUCAGUCUCCUGGACGACCCAAACGUCAAGACUGUGGAAGGCACUUUCGGCUGCCUGGAAAAGAUCUGCGAGGACUCUUGCCACGCUCUCAGCAACGAGGGCCAUGCCCUCUCGGUCAUGAUGCCCAAGUUUGUCCAGCAUAUCGAUAACCCCGAUGCCCGAGUCCGGCGCCACGCCAUUGCCUGCGUCAACCAGUUCAUCCUGCUCUCCAGCGAUCCCUUCCUGGCCGUCCUGGAGGACUUUAUCAAUGCCCUCUACCGCCACGCCAACGACACCGACCCGGAUGUCCGCCGCUUCAUUUGCCAGGCCUUUGUCAUGAUUUUGGAGGUCAAGCCCGUUGCUCUCCUUCCCCAGAUUGAGAACAUUGUCAGCUUUAUGCUCUUUUGCACCCAAGACGCCGAUGAGCAGGUUGCCCUCGAGAGCUGCGAGUUCUGGCUGGCCUUUGCUGAGCAGGAGAGCCUGCUUGAAUACCUCCGUCCUUUCCUCCCUCGAAUCGUCCCUGUUCUGCUCAAGGGCAUGGUCUACAGCGAAGAGGACCUGAUCAUCUUGACGAACCAGGACGAAGACGAUGCCGACAAGGCUGAUGAGGACAAGGACAUCAAGCCCAUCAACUACCGAUCCCAUAUUCGCCGCCAAGAGCAUGUCGCUGGGGCCGAGUCCAAGGCUGACAACGAUGGCGACGACGAUGAUGGCGACGACGACGAUGAUGAUGAGUUUGACGAUGACGACGAUGAUGACGAGGUCUAUGCCGAGUGGAACUUGAGAAAGUGCAGCGCCGCCGCCCUCGAUGUGUUUGCUACCGUGUUCGAAGACUCGCUCUUGGAGCACCUGCUGCCCCAUCUGAAAAACGAGCUCUUCAGCCAAGACUGGACCCACACCGAGUCCGGCAUCCUUGCUUUGGGUGCUGUUGCCGAAGGCUGCCAAGACGGCAUGGUUGCCCACCUCCCUGCGUUGAUUCCCUUCCUGCUCCAGCAGCUGCUGCACCCCAAGCCUCUUGUCCGUGCGAUUACAUGCUGGACCCUGGGCCGUUACUCAAAGUGGGUCGUUGAAAUUCCCGAAGGCGUCGAUCCCAAGGCCCACCACUCCGCCUAUUUCGUGCCCAUGCUCCAGGGACUUCUCCACAUGGUUCUCGACAAGAACAAGCGUGUCCAGGAGAGUGGGUGCAGUGCCUUUGCCACUCUUGAGGAGGAAGCCGGCGAUUACCUCAUCCCUCACCUCGACAUCAUUCUGCAGACCCUGACCCACGCUUUCCAGUUGUACCAGAAAAAGAACCUCUUGAUCUUGUACGAUGCUGUGGGCACUCUUGCCGACUCUGUCGGUGCUGCCCUCAGCAACGAGCGCUACGCCGGCGUGAUUAUGCAGCCCCUGAUUGCUAAAUGGGAUACCAUCAACGACGACGAUCGGGAUAUUUUCCCUCUGCUGGAGUGUCUCUCGUCAGUCGCCGUUGCCCUCGGUGGCUCAUUUGGGCCGUUCUCUCCUCCUGUGUGGCAGAGAUGCCUCAACAUCAUCAGCACCAACUUGCACCGUUUGCAGUUGGCUGCUCACGACCCCUCGCAGAUUGAGGUCAACAAGGACUUUAUCAUUGUGUCGCUCGAUCUCCUGAGCGGCGUCGCUCAAGGCCUCAACGUCAUGGUCGAGCCUCUUGUUGCGCAGAACAGCCAGCUCGUGAUCACCAUUCUCCUGCACUGCAUCAAGGAUCCCGUCCCCGAAGUGCGCCAGAGUGCCUAUGCCCUCCUUGGCGACCUGGCCAUUUCGGCCUUUGGCCAUAUCAAGCCGCACCUGAACCAGUUCCUGCCCGAGCUGAUCCAGCAGAUCGAUCCUGUCAGCGAUCCCACUCGCGUGUCGGUCUGCAACAACGCCGCCUGGGCCGCAGGCGAAAUUGCCCUGCAGUACCAGGCUGAAAUGCAACCCUGGGUCAACGAGCUCUUGGGCCGUCUUAUCCCGCUCUUGAACGGCCACACGACCCCGAAGACCCUCCUCGAGAACGCGGCCAUCACCGUUGGCAGACUCGGCCUGGUCUGCCCCGCCAUGGUUGCACCUCAUCUUGCCGUCUUCAUCCACCGAUGGUGCGAGGCUCUGAAAGACAUCCGAGACAACCUCGAGAAGGAGAGCGCCUUCAUGGGCCUGUGCAAGAUGGUCGAGACCAACCCCGCUGGUGUCCACGAACGCUUCUUCGACUUUUGCGAGGCCAUCUCGUUGUGGCAGCGUGUUUCUCCCGAGUUGAACGAUUACUUUGGCCGCCUGCUCCACCAAUUCAAGACCAACAUGGGCGACGAGCAGUGGACCAAGUUCCUUCAGUCUAUUCCUCCCGUUGUCGCCUCCAAGCUUCAGUCGCGCUAUCAGCUUUAGGUCUAAUGCCACCCCCAUCCCUUCCGACACAGCGCGGGCUCUCGGACCACAGUGCCUGGUGUGGCUCAUGUGUUUGGACAGCUCCCAAUAAAAUGAAAUGGUGCUAGCUACGCAACAUUCUCCCGG